CCGAGGGAGGGGAAAGAGAGAGCGAGAGCUGGAGAGCUCUGCGGUAGCAGUCAGCGCAAGCAGCGCAAGAACCAAAUCAGAGAAAGACUGGGAAAAAGAAGGUAGAUAGAGAAAGAAACAGUGGAAUUAGGAGCUAAGAAAUAAAAUAAAGAAAAAAAGAGAGAGAAGUCUGGAAAAUAAUUUCAGACCAGGACAGAAGAGACUGAGAGAGAGAGGGAAAAACAGACAGAAAAACAGAGUGGGACAGACACAUUAAUUAAAGCAGUCUUAGACUUCACAUUGGAGACACAUGUCCAUGCGUGGACUGUUGCUGCUGCUGUGAUCUGUCAUUCAUCCUCACGGCGUGUGUGUGUGUGUGUGUGUGUGUUCUGGAAAGGCUGAGGAGUGUGUGUGUGUGUGUGUGUGUGUGUGUGAGAGAGCCUGUCGUUCCUCUGGAGUCUACGGGACCAUGGCACCUGUCAGGAACGGAUGAACUUCAGGCUUAAAGGACUCGCGGGGGAAAAAGAAAGAGAAAAAAGCUGAAAGAGUGAAAGCUUUCAGUGUAGAGAGGAAACUCCACAUCCACAGCAUCACUGUAACAACAAGCAGAACCACUGAGAGCCGUCACUGCAACAGCUGCCACGAAAACCAGCAUCCCAUUCAACCAUCUGUGUGGCAGCUGUCUGCAGUUUAUAGCUGAUAAGAAGUUCUGGUCCUCCUCAGAAGAUGAUGACAAUGAUGAUGUGCAGUUCGCUGGUCCUGCUUGGGCUGAUUGGCAUCAGUGCUUCAUCCAGCGGAAGUUCAUCUUCCUCACCCCGGAUGAUGCUGUCUUAUAAAGAUCUCCAGCAGUUUAACGGCAUUAAGCGGUUUGACUUGGAGCGUUCGUGUUGUUUCGGAGCUCUCCUAUUGGACGAGGAGAGGGGGCGGCUGUUUGUUGGAGCUCGCAACUUUCUGUUAUCUCUCAGUCUCGACAACAUCAGCAAACAGGAACAGAAGAUCUACUGGCCAGCACCUGUCGAUUGGAGAGAAGAGUGCAACUGGGCCGGGAAAGACAUCAAUACGGACUGCGUAAACUAUGUGAAAGUGCUACACCACUACAAUCGGACUCACCUGUAUGCCUGUGGGACAGGGGCUUUCCACCCCACCUGUGCUUAUGUGGAGGUGGGACAAAAGAUAGAGGAUCAUGUGUUUAGAAUCGACCCCUCUAUGGUAGAAGAUGGAAAAGGAAAGAGUCCAUAUGACCCACGCCACACAUCAGCAUCUGUUCUAAUUGGUGAUGAGCUUUAUGCAGGAGUGGCCACUGAUUUGAUGGGACGGGACUUUACAAUCUUUCGCAGCAUGGGACAAAGGCCCUCCAUACGAACAGAACAGCACGAUUCUCGCUGGCUUAAUGAGCCCAAGUUUAUUGCGGCAUUUGGUGUUCCAGAGAGUGAGAAUCCCGACGAUGAUAAAGUCUUCUUCUUCUUCAGAGAAACUGCUGUAGAAGCUCAGGGAUUUGGGAAGGUUACAUAUUCCCGGAUUGGUCAGCUCUGCAGGAAUGAUAUGGGAGGACAGCGCAGUCUAGUAAAUAAGUGGACGACAUUUCUAAAGGCUCGUCUUGUGUGUUCUGUACCAGGCAAUGAUGGCACUGAAACACAUUUUGAUGAACUUAGGGAUGUGUUCCUGCUGCAGACCCGUGACCGAAAGAACCCGCUGAUCUACACCGUCUUUACCACCUCAAGCGUAUUUCAAGGUUCUGCAGUGUGUCUCUACACCAUGAAUGACAUUCGCCGGGCAUUUUUAGGACCUUUUGCCCAUAAAGAGGGACCCAAUUAUCAGUGGGUUCCAUUCCAGGGUAAGGUGCCGUACCCACGGCCAGGCAUGUGUCCCAGUAAAACGUUUGGGAGUUUUGAGUCCACUAAAGGUUUCCCUGAUAACGUAAUCCAGUUUGCAAGGCACCAUCCAUUAAUGUUCAAUCCAGUCACUCCACUGGGAGGCCGGCCGCUGUUCCUGCAUACUGGAAUACCAUACACCUUCACUCAGAUUACUGUAGACCGCGUCAACGCAGCUGAUGGACACUACGAUGUAAUGUUCAUCGGGACAGAUGUCGGCUCAGUGCUGAAGGUGAUCUCUGUGCCCAAAGGAAGCUGGAGUAACACAGAGCUUCUGCUAGAAGAGCUUCAGGUCUUUAAGGAUUCUUCAUCUAUUAUCGGUAUGCAGAUUUCCUCUAAACGGCAACAGCUGUAUGUUGGCUCAGACACAGGUGUUGUCCAGGUGCCUCUGCACCGCUGCAGUAUGUACGGUAAAGCUUGUGCCGAGUGCUGCCUGGCUCGAGAUCCGUACUGCGCCUGGGACGGACACACCUGCACACGCUACCUACCAAACACAAAACGGAGGUUCCGGCGUCAGGAUGUGAGGAAUGGGGAUCCUAAUGCACUCUGCUCAGGAGACCAUCAGAAGCAGCGUGUCCUGGAGAAGAGGCUGUAUGCUGUGGAUGGAAGCAGCUCCUUCCUGGAAUGCAUCCCGAAAUCACUACAGGCCCAGAUUACAUGGACCUAUCAGAGACACCCGGAAAACCCACGGGAAGAGGUUCGUCUAGAUGGCCGUGUUUUGCAGACUGAGCGAGGCCUGUUGAUAAGGCGAGCUGUGCGUAGAGACGGUGGCGUGUAUCAGUGUCACGCGAUGGAACAUGGAUUCACCCAGACCCUCCUCGCGAUCACACUGGAGAUUUUGCCUUCGGCUGGCUCCGCCCCUUCAGCUCCUAUCCCUCGCAGCCCUGCCCACUCCCACACCAAUCAUGGGCAGUCCACCAAUCAAAAACCGUGGUACAGGGACUUCAUGCAGUUGGUGGAUCACCCAAACUUAAACACAGUCGACCAGAUCUGCGAGCAAAUUUGGUCACGCAAGCACAGCCUAUCAGGGAAGAGUGCUCCAGAUCCAGCCAAUGAGGCGCCGGUUCAUGACCCGCUGCACUCUAAAAAGUGGAAGCACCUGAAGGAAGUGAGGAAAGGGCGAAAUCGCAGAAUGCACGAUGGGAGACCCGCCCCCAGAGCGCCGCGGAGCGCGUUAGAGUAGCGAGGGAUGAGAGACAGAGUAAAAAACAGACUGAGAGACAGAAAGAAAGAGCAAAAACCACUGGAGGUGGACAGAUUCACACACAGCAUCUCAUUCAGUGACUGUUUAUCGCCUGUUCUGCUCCUUAUUACCCCUGUGUCAACACUCCACUGCCUGUUAUCAGUCUCUAUAUACUCUGCCCUCAUCUGUCCUCAUCAUCCAGUCUGAAGACUCAAUAGUGCCCCCGCGACCCCAAUCCCGCUCCCGCCAGCAUCUAUUACUCCCGAUGGUUAUCCAGAAACCUAAAGUCCAAAUAAUCCUUUUGAAUUGUAACAGGAAAAGCUUUGAUCGAAAAUUGAAGACACAAAGUCGUGCAUGCGCUGCGUAAACAUAGGCUCUUGUGGACAGACAUUGAGUAAAUCCAUGCAUACUCUUCUUUGUUUUCAUCUGGGUGUUUGUGCAACAUGUGUUUUUAGAUUAGAUUCUUCUCUCACUUUGGCCCUGAAACCCUCACAGACCCCUUGACUCACCAGCACUAUAUGAACAUCAUCACUCUUCUUUCACUGCUUGAAGACUUAAAACACAACAUUUCAAGCAAACAAAAGAUUAAAAAACAGAAAAACUGUACAUUCGUGAUCUGGUAAGGUAGGUACUGUAAGAGUGUUUAAGUAAAUGAUUAUUUUAUAUGACGGUAGGCUAAUUAUAUACCUUGUAAGCGUAAAGGGUUCAGUGAGCUUUACAUUUCUGGCAGUUGCUAGAUAGAUAAUGGGUUAAAUCAGGAAACACAGAUCCGAGGCCCUCUUUGAAGACAAGAAACAAGCAAAAGUACCCAAGAAAAAUGUCUUUAGCGCUCACUCUGACAAUUCAGAUGAAUAUUUCAUUUAACACAUUCAAAGAGUCUAGCCAAUGGGCCAUUUAUUUUUCAUUGACUCUUUCUGUCUUUUGAAAAUAGCAGCGUUGAAUUUGUCGGUAAAUGCGUGUUUGCAAACGUUCGAUGCCAAAUUUCUCUUUUUAUUGCGUUGCAAAAGCGGUAUGGGAGCGAGUCAGACAAACUCUAUAAAUUUACCGUGGUAAUUUUUCUGCACAAAAUACCAUAGUUAGGCUACUUUAGUCGUAGUCGCUAACUUAUAACUGUGGUAGCGUGAUAUCCACCGCCACAAAAAAAAGAAGAAACUGAAAGUUUGUACAGUAUUUUGUACUCUAUGGUGGUUAGCAAUAUAAAUGGAUGGUGCUGGCGCAGGACAGUCUCUUGGUCUGAGCGCCCUCUUCUGGUGUCUGUGGGUAUGGUUUCUGCUGUGUCGGGGAUGAGAGAAACGUGGCAUUGUAAAAUAAAUAAUCAAUUCGGAUUCAUUUUAAAUGGAUGUAAGAAUGUUUUGAGCGAAACUGGUGGAUUAUCAUUUGGUAGUAUUUAUACCAGUUUUCUAAAAGUUGUAGGCUAAUGGUUAUUUUUGCAUGACUUAAAACGUCUUGAUGAGCGUUUUUUUUAUACAAUGAAAAGACCAUGUUUUAAAACUGUCCUGCAAGAUUAUCUGGUGUUUUCAGCAUAUAUUUAUUGCUCGAUAAGCUAAUGUGUUGUGGUGGUUUGUGAUGAAGCUGACCUACAUGUGUAGUGUCCAUUUUGAUAGAGGAGAAUAUGAGAACAUUCUUGUGUGUAUAUUUUGAAAUCCUCUCCCUUCUUUUGAAUACAUGUUUAAAGACACAGUUCGAAAGUAAUAAUUUGGGUAAUUUAAAAGACUAUUCAAACAGCAUUUCAAACUCAUCUUUGUGACGCUUCUCAGCUUUUGAGAGAGUGUAAGAGAAAAAGCGGGUGUAGGCUAUGUGUGUCUCAAUGUGAAAGAGGCUCUGUGUUUGUGUGCCAUUAAAUAUUAGGAUUUCUGUACA